GUUGUUUGUUCCCCAUCUGCUCCCCCAUCCACUGAUAUCAAAGUUCAACCGUUUGAUUCACCAGUCAGACAAAAACAAAACAACAACAAACAAACAAACGAUAAAGCGGAAAAAGAGAAAAACGAAUCUCCGUUGCAGGAACGGGAAACCUUCGCAUCCACCAUCGACUCUAUCCCGAAUCGCAACAACCGCCUACUCGCGACCUUACCCCGACGCAUUUCAACUUCGGCGCACAGCAUUCCUCCUCUUCUCCGACCUCCCGCCGCCACCCACACUUUCCGCCCGCCUCGUUCGAGAAAGGAAAAAAAAAGGGACGCACGCGGAGAAAAGAAAGGGAAAGAGACAAGUGCGAGCAACAUCUUGCCUUUCUUUUUCUUUUGCUGGGCGUGUAUAUAUUGUUGUGCGAGUUUGUUUUUUUUUUUCUUUUUUGAGCUGCUGGCUGUCGUUUGUCUCCACAACGAUCCGGCCAACAACAAUCGUAGUCGGAGUGUAGGGCAGGCGGAGAAGGCGCUUUUUUUUUCUUCUUCUUCUUCCCUGGGAGCCCCUGUUUCUAAAUAUCCUCUUAUGCAGCAGAGUUACGCGUCGUAGGCGGAGUUUGGGUCAACCGGCAGGAGCGGUAGCAACAGAGAAAAGAAAAGGUGGAGGAAACAGAUCCAAGGCGGGAUCUUCAUUCUUCGACGGCAGUCGGCCGAUGCGGUAGGCUUAAUAGACGUCACCGUCGAGGGCCGCGGGACUCACGUUAGUCCCCCCUCUGUACCUUCGCUAGCACGAAAUCCCAACCGACAUUUCAACGAAGACAAAGUGAGUGACAUCGUUCAAAAAGUGAAACUCAGUGGAACUCAAUCAGCUACACAAGGAUCGUUAAAACAGGAUCAACGUGUGUGAUUCGAAUUGCACCGGUGGAACGAAAAAAAUAAAAAAUAAAAUAAAAUUGCGUGCAGAAAUCGAGCGGGAUUUUUGAGACAGGGUCAUCAUGCCGGUAAUGUCGGUUGAAAGUGUCGGUAAUGAUCAACAGGCCACGGCAGUGACCAUCAAACACGAAUCGUCUGCUAGCAUGCAUCAGUUGCUAUCGAAUUCCGUGGCGGCCGCAACAGCCUCUUCCGGCGGCGGACUCGGUGGCACCAUCGGCGGCAUCGUCGGCAGCGAACACUCGCCGUCUCCGACAACUCUGUGCGGCGGAUGCGGAUUCAAAAUCACCGAUCGUUAUUACCUGGUAGCCGUCGAAAGAGCCUGGCACAGCGAGUGCCUCAGGUGCGGAGAGUGCCGACGGCCGCUAGACACGGCCCUGUCCUGCUUCUCCCGUCAGUCACGAAUCUACUGCCGUGACGACUACUACAGAUUGUUUGGCGUGAGACGUUGCAAUCGCUGUUGUCUACCGCUCGGAUCUAACGAACUUGUUAUGCGAGCCCGUGACGCGGUCUUUCACCUGGCCUGCUUCACCUGCGCUGCCUGCAACCAGCCGUUGACGAAAGGUGACAUUUUCGGGAUGCGGGACGGCAUCGUUUAUUGCCGACUUCACUACGAGAUGCUGCAACAUCCGGCGGGUUCCUUGAGCUCAACACAUCAGCCACACCAGCACGGCCUAAUUAUGCCGCAUCAGCACAUACAGGGAAACAAUAACGGCCUGAUGGGCAGCUCAGACGGCCCUUGCGAUCUCUCGUCGUGCGGACCUCACCACGGCCUUUUGCCUCCGUCUGGAUUUCAUCAUCCGCAUCAUUUGAUACCGCCGGAAUCCGUCAGCCCAAGUCAGCACAUGAUCAACAUCCUCUCUUCAGCCAGCAUAGGAGAUCCAGCUGUCGAUGCUUCUUAUCCAUCCGGAAUGCGUCCUAACGUCUUCGCUGGAAACUUGGCCGGCGGUGGACAAGAUUACCUCCACAAUCCAUCAGUCAACGAUUUUCAGCGAUGUUUGGGUGGCAGUGGAUCAGCUGUUUCCAGUUUCUUCCCUUCGUUAUCGGGAGGUCUUGGUAAUGCCGGCCUAGGAGGAAGCUCGCCCAGUGCUGGAUCGAUGGGCCAUCAUCACAGUGUUCAGAAAGGCAGGCCGCGAAAACGAAAGAUUCCGGCCGCAGCAACGGCAGGUACGGCAGCGGCGGCUCUCGCCCAUUCCGGCAACAAUAACAACAACGGCAAUGGUGGUGGCUCGACGGGCAAUCACGCAGACUCGUCGAUUCUCGGCCAGCAACAGCACCUGAACGCUGCCAACUUGAGGCAACUCACUGCAGGAAUCGAUAUGCUUGUUUCCAGUGCGGAUCUAUCUUCAAUGGAGGGCAUGGUGUACGACAGCUCGGGAACGAACGGAAGCGCUAGCGGUGGAGGCGGAGGAGGAGGAUCCUCUUCUCAACAGCAGCAGCAACAGCAGAGGACAAAGCGGAUGCGGACGUCCUUUAAACACCACCAACUACGUACCAUGAAAUCCUACUUUGCCAUCAAUCAGAAUCCAGAUGCCAAAGAUCUCAAGCAGCUGGCUCAAAAGACGGGACUCUCUAAACGUGUUCUUCAGGUAUGGUUCCAGAACGCGAGAGCGAAAUGGCGUCGCAACAUAAUGCGACAACAAGAUGGCGGCGGCGGUGGUGGUGGAGGUGGAGUGGGCGGAGGCGGAGGAGGGGCUGGCGGAACGUCUUCGAUCAAAGAUGGCGACCUUUUGACAGCGUCGGCGUCGUCGUCUCAGCUCGAACAACAACAACAACAGCAGCACCCUCAUCAUCAUCAUCAUCAGCAGCACCAACAGCAGCCUCAGCAAGCGCAUCACCGAGUCUCGGCCUCCCUGGGCGAGUUGACUCCGCCGGGAAGUGCCGGCGGAAUGACCCACUCGUCGGCCGUCUCCAACGACGACGCCAGCUCCAAUUUAGUCUUCAGUGAUCUGUACUAGAAAUAGAUACACACAUGCUACUUAUACCGCUGUACCACAAUAGAAAUUUUAACCCUUAAUAUACACAAUGAUUAUACCUAUACUGAUUGGUACCAAACAAACGCAAGAAUACGUACUACAAUAUAGGGAAAGAGACAACAAGUUCGGAAUUCUCGAAGUUGAUUGUGUCUCUAAAUGACUUGGUGCUGUCAUCUUUGCUCUUUGUUAUUUUGUUUUGAUUUUUUUUUUCAUUUUCAAGUUUUUGUUUCCUUUUUUUUUUUUUUUCAGUUUGCGUGGGACUAUGACAUGGCCAACGACGUCGUUGAAUUUGCUCUCUUUAUUCAUCUAUAUAAAGACUUGUGUACUACACGACGUCAGUGUAGAGUUGAUGUAGAUUGUUAUCGCCCUUCAGCUGCAUAAUCCGAUCCUUUUUUGUUUUCUACAAGGUUCUUUUUGUGGCAAAUUUAAGUUCACAAUUUGCUCGGGGUGAUUCUUGCAAAACAGUUGUUUUUUUCCCGAUUACGAUCGGUUCGUGAUCGAAAGGAAUAACCAAUUUAUUUUCUUUCUGGGACUAGAUCGUGCCAAGGGAAACAGAUCUUUGAUCCGUUUUUUGAUUUGUCCUUUUUUUAUUUAUUUUUUCCUCGAUAUUUUUUUUUUGUUAUUAAAUGAAAAGCCCUUUUUUUUUGGUUGAAAUUCUAUGGAAUAUGUGUUUAAAAAAAUGGACUUACAUUAAUUUAUACACGAAAUUCCUCACCGCCGACGGCUGCUGUUGCAAUGUGUUUAGCACACCUUUUAAAAAGUUGCCGUCGGGGAAUGUCAUCAUCAGCGUCAUUCUCAGUGAUGGUUUUCAUGAUGAAACAAUAAACGUUCCUGUCUUUGCAUUGA